AUGUCAUCAAACAGUGAAUUUUCGACAAUGUCGAGUGGAGAAGUACCCUCUCUACCGAAAUCACUUCCUAGCUCGAGGGAAGCUACGGCUGAGGGUAAUUCUAGCUCUGCAGGUGGUUUUAUACCUCUACGUGACUUUCUUGAUCGUUUUUCAUUACCAAGAGUUGUGAGACUAGAAGGAACUGGUGGACGUCCUGUUUUACUUUAUAAACAGCAGCAGCGAUCACUUAGAGUCACAGCAACCCUUUUAAUACAUAGAUAUCGUCACGAUGUCAAGGUUGGACCGGAAAUUGUUAUUCCCGAGGGUUAUCCGGAUCAAAUAAAAUCUGGAAAACUGUAA